AUGUCCGAGGCAGAAUCCCGUUGCCCCACAGAUGAGCCCGUCACCGUCUUUGGCUGCUUCGUUUCUCCAUGUUCUCUGAAACUUCCUGGCCCAGGGCAGUGUUGCUUCUCACACAGCGAGCCACAAGCUCCAGGCUGUCACAUUUGGCAGGAAACUUUGUGGGGGAGGCGGCUUACAGCUGGUGAGUGGCUUGCUUGGUCGCGACUCCUGCGGCAGCCCGCAUCCUGUCCUGUACAGUGUUGCACAGUACAUUCUAGGCUGGAGGCUUGCUCUAGCAAGCAGCUUGAAAAAAAAAAUUUAGCGGCAGCCAGUGAAACAGGAUAUAACGAAGGCCAGAACUUUGGUGCCUGA